AUCAACCACUCCAUCCAGAUCAUAAACGAGCAAAAGGAUUUCAAUAAAAAAAUCAUGAACUACGUCAAGGACAUUGUGGAUCAAGACAUUGGCUUUAAUUACCAUGUAAUAUCGGUUUUUGGUUCUCAAUCAACUGGUAAAUCAACCCUACUAAAUGCCUUGUUUGGAACAAAAUUUGAUGUGAUGAACCAAGAUAAAAGACAACAAACUACAAAGGGAAUUUGGCUUGCCUAUGCUCCAAAUAUCGCUUCUCAUACAAACAAAAUUCAUAACGAUAAUGUCGACUUGACUACUUUACUAAAAGUAAACAACAUUAAUACCAACAAUAAUGCUUCUACCACUAAAACUCCUACCCCUAUUCCAAACUCACACAAUAACACCCAAAACAUAUUUGUCAUGGAUAUUGAAGGAACUGAUGGAAGAGAACGUGGAGAAGAUCAAGAUUUCGAAAGAAAAGCUGCUUUGUUUGCUUUAGCAACUUCUGAAGUUCUUUUAAUCAAUAUAUGGGAAAACCAAAUUGGUUUAUAUCAAGGUGCUAAUUUAGGUCUCCUAAAGACUGUAUUCGAGGUUAAUUUAUCUCUAUUUUCUAAUAAAAACCAAAAAUGUCUCCUACUAUUUGUGAUUAGAGAUUUCACCGCAACUACUACUCUUGACAGUUUAGCUGAUUCCUUAAUUGACAGUUUAAACAAAAUCUGGUCUCAACUCCAAAGACCAAAGGGAACUGAAGAUUUCCAAUUGAAUGAUUUCUUCGAUUUAAGAUUUUUUGCUUUGCCCCAUAAAGUAUUCCAACCACUUCAAUUUACAACCGAAGUCUCAAAAUUAGGUGAUCAAUUUCAAAAUGUAUCCUCCUAUGAAUCACAGGGGCUCCCCUCACUUCACACCAAUAACCAAUCCAUCUUUAAUAAAAGAUAUCACAGAAACAUACCAUUAGACGGCUGGACUAUCUAUGCUGAAAAUGUCUGGGAUCAAAUUGAAUCAAAUAAAGAUCUAGAUUUACCAACACAACAAAUUUUAGUUGCAAGAUUUAGAUGCGAUGAAAUCUCAAACUUGGCUUAUCAAAACUUUGAAAAAGACUUUAACCAAAUUUUUAAUGACUUUGAUGGCAAAAUUUUACCCUCAAACUUUAUGCCACCAACUAACCCUUCUGAUGAUUUCACCCCAAUUAACCAAAUUAUCGAUCAACUAAAAGAAAAAUAUGUCAAGGAAUAUGAUCUUUCUGCUUCAAGAUAUGCCCAACAUGUUUAUGAUCAGAAAAGAAUUGCCUUAAUCAAUAAAAUUUUUUUAAAACUAAAAGAAAUUUACUCCUUAUACUUACUACAACUCAGAAAAUUAUCUAUUGAUUUAUUUUUUUCAAAUUUUCAAUUUCUAAAGAAAUCAAAAGAAAAAUUUAAUACAGCAAUUCAACAAUCAAAACAAAUUGCCUUAGAUUAUUUUACUAAAAAUUCAAAGGAUUGCUUGUUGCUUGAUGCAGAAAUUUUUGAUUAUUCACUAGAUUUAAAAGAAUUGCAAACCUCAAUUGAUGAAUCGAUCAAAACUCAAACUGCAAAAGAAUUGGAUAACUUGAUAAAUAUUAAAAUCAUUAAAAGAUUCACAAACAUCUUUAACCAACAAUUCUUAACUUUAUUAUUAUCCCCCGAUUUAAAAACAUGGAACGACUCAUUAUCAAGUUUCAACUCUACUUUAUCUAAUUUACUCCUAAAAUUUAAAUCUGAAGAUGGCUCUUAUGAUUUUGGUCUUGGUUUAUCAGAUGAAGAAUCUAUUGACACAUUUAAAAAAAUUCAAAGGCUAGCAUGGGAAUCUUUCGAUUCAAUUAUUCACAAUCAGAUAACAGAAGAAAAAAUUGUAAAUUUAUUAAGAGAAAGAUUUGAGGAUAAAUUCCGUUAUGAUGAAGAAAACGUUCCUAAACUUUGGUCAAAUGCAUUGGAAGUUGACCAAAGCUAUAAAGUAGCUAAGGAAUAUGCAUUUUCAAUCUUACCAAUACUAGCAAUUGCUAAAACUGAUGAUGGCGUAGAAAUAAUACCAGAUGUGUCGAUAUACAACCAAGAAAUUAGUUCUGAUGUUGAAUCGGAUGAUGAAGAAUUAAAUAGCUCUAAAAACCAGAGGUUUGCUCACAUAUUAUCAGCUGAACAACAAAAUUCUAUCAAGCAUAAAUUUAAAAGACAGGCAGACGCAAUGUACGUUGAAGCUAAAAGAUCAACUAUUCAAAGCAUUACAUCAAUUCCUUAUUGGAUUUAUAUUAUAAUUGCCAUUCUAGGGUAUGACGAGUUUAUGGCCAUUAUUAAAAAUCCCCUUUAUAUCACAUUAAUUAUUGUAUUGGGAGCAGCCGCUUAUUUCACUCAUGCAAUGAAUUUAUGGGGACCUCUCUUAUCAGUUUCAACAGCUAUGUUUAAUGAAACAGUUAAAGUUAGUAAACAAAAAUUAAGAGAAAUUUUAAACGAAGAUAGUGAUUCU